UUCAACGAAAGUGUUCAUAGCGUGUGUUGAUGGUAACAGUCUUUCGAUGGUAGUCUGAUAAGAGUGGUGCAAAUACCAAAUCAUGUCGCUUCUUUUGACAGCGAGUCAGCGACUUUUUUGCCAGCGUCGCAACAUUAAAACAAUAACCAUCGUCAGAAGUGCUGCUCUGGAUAGUGCAGUUUCUACAUUCAGGUCAAUAUGCGGAGAGGAUGGGGUAUCACUGGCAGCUGCCGUCAGAGAGCAACACGGCAAAGAUGAAUCUGUACACAGAUGCCAUCCACCGGAUGUGGUGGUUUUUCCACAUUGUGUGGAGGAGGUCAGUGCCCUGGCGAAGGUCUGCCAUGACAAACACAUUCCCAUGAUCCCCUUUGGUACUGGAACUGGCCUGGAGGGAGGAGUAGGAGCAGUAAAGGGUGGGGUGUGCUUCAGCCUGAGGAAUAUGAACCAGAUUUUGGAUCUCCACCAGGAUGAUUUUGACGUGACGGUAGAACCUGGUGUGACCCGAAAAGCCCUCAAUUCCUACCUGCGAGACACUGGACUGUGGUUUCCUGUUGAUCCUGGAGCUGAUGCUUCACUGUGUGGAAUGGCAGCCUCUAGUGCAUCUGGUACCAAUGCAGUGCGAUAUGGAACCAUGAAAGAAAAUGUUAUAAACAUGGAGGUUGUACUUGCUGAUGGGACUGUUAUUCACACAGCUGGCAAGGGAAGACGUCCCAGAAAGACUUCAGCAGGCUACAACUUGACAAACCUGUUUGUUGGAUCAGAGGGCACUCUGGGAAUUAUCACUAAGGCAACACUGCGCCUCUAUGGUAUUCCGGAAGCCAUGGUGUCAGCAGUCUGCUCAUUUCCUUCUGAACAGGCUGCUGUGGAUAGCACUGUGAAUAUUCUACAAUCUGGGGUAGCCAUCGCUCGCAUUGAGUUUUUAGACGAUGUGAUGAUCAAUGCAUGCAACAAGUUCAGCUCUCUUUCGUAUCCCGUUACCCCAACUCUUUUCCUGGAGUUCCAUGGUUCUGAACAGAGUCUUGCAGAGCAAGUCAACACAACUGAGGAAAUCACACAGAUGAAUGGUGGCUCUGAUUUUCAGUGGGCUAGAGAUGCAGAAACACGAAACAGGUUAUGGAAAGCUCGCCAUGACGCCUGGUAUGCUGCUCAGGCACUGAGACCUGGUUGCAAAGCCUACUCUACAGAUGUCUGCGUUCCUCUUUCCCAACUGCCUCAUAUCAUUGUGGAGACAAAGUCGGACCUGAUCCAGAACAAUCUUACAGGUCCCAUCGCGGGUCAUGUGGGUGACGGUAACUUUCACUGUAUGAUGGUAGUUGAUCCUAACGACCCAGAAGAAUUGCACAGGGUCCAUCUGUUCACUGAGAGACUCGCAAGACGGGCCCUUGCUAUGAAUGGUACAUGCACAGGAGAGCACGGAGUGGGUCUGGGGAAACGAGCACUGCUAUAUGAAGAAAUGGGAUCCAUGACUAUGCAGGUCAUGCAGGUCAUCAAGGAUGCCCUUGACCCAAACAACUUAAUGAAUCCAGGGAAGGUUUUGCUGCCAAGAGUACCUUGAAGUGUACAGUGACACAAGUAACCAAAUCGUGUAGAACACUUAUGUACACUCCCCCCCAUAUGUAUCGGCACUGUUAGAGCACUAGCGAAGGUCAUGAACAUGUACUAGAAAACAGAUGCUACAAUAGAAGAUUCCAAUCACCCGUAAAUAUCAUAUCAUUUGAAGUGUGUCCAUCCUUAAAUAAAGUAUUACUUGCAGUGAAGACCUCUGGAUGUAAACUGAAGUGACUCUAUCUGGCUAUACUGUCCACCUGUAGGCCUACCACGACCAUAUAAAGAAGCCUGCUCGCUCACCUAAAAACAAUACUUUUCUAUCCCUGCAAAGCAACGUAAGGAACGUCUUCUCCACCGUUGACCAACUAUUCUGCCACCAAGGAUUUCAUCAGGUGCAAGAAAAGUAAGUUUGUAGACUGGCCAAAUGAAUCUCUUUCUCUCACUCUCUCUCAGACUUAAACCCUAUAGAUCAAGUUAGGCCUCGGGCCACAUUUUUCCAUUUCAAUUGCGGAGCAUAAAUUACAUUUUCAUCAGGCAAACCCUGCUUUUUCUACCAAAAAAAACAAAAACGUAUUUUCUUAUAUAUACUAUCAUGGUGGUGGGUUUUCUCCAGGUACUCUGGUUUCUUCCCACAGCCCAAAAACAUGGAUGGUAGGUUAAUUGAAGACUCCAAAUAAAAAGUUAAAACUUUUGGUCACCUAAAUACUGCCAUCUUCUAAAUUAUCUAUCUGUUCCUGAUGCAAAUACCUAAAAAUCAAAGCCAAACUGUUAAAUCUCUCGUCUCAUAUUCAUCAGUAGAUCUCAAACCCUAAUGUUUUGAUCAAAAAUAUAGGAAUUGGUCUCACUGUUCCAAAUUGGUUGGGUGACGGCGUAUUCUUUGCUAAAACAGAUGUUGAAUACAGGCAAGGAUGAAAUGAAAGUGUUAACCAACUACCGGUAUUGUUAUAGGGAAUUACUUGUUGUGGUCACUCUAUUGAUUGAUAAUAAAAAAAUAAAAAAAUGUUUUUAUAGGCUUUCUGACCACACAAAUGCUUAAGGUAUCUUUGAUCAACGGACAGAUCACUUCAUAUUGUAUGUUCAUUUUAGUGGUUUGACCAACCAUCAUUUUCAUUCAAUCCUCCAAGCUUCUCUUUGUUCAUGCUGUGCACAUUUCCUUGUGAUGUUUGUUUUUAGUUUGAUUUUUGAAAAUAAUUCCUUUUUAAUAAUUUUUUUUAAUUUGUGAGCAAUUGAACACAACGCAGAGCCCGAGUUGCCUUUGAAGAUAUAAUUUAAUGUGGGGCGCUGUCUUUUUCCACUUUGACACACAAGACACAUCUGGUUUUGUUGUCAUCAUUGCAGCCAAUCAUCUUUUUCUAUUGGAUUUAGAACAAUCUGAUCUGUUGCAUCUCAUUUUUGGGACAAUUGCACUUUUGCUUUUUAGUGUUUGCUUCUGCUUUUAAAGCAAUGAGAAAAAGAUAAAUGUGUGUUAAGCAACUGCACAAAGUUUUGGAAUUUAGUUCAAAGGCAUUUAUUUGUAUUCCCCUGUAGCAAAUGAAUAAAUAAAUACUAAUUUGUACCUGUAUAUGGUUUUCAAAUGUUUAAGCGAAUUUAAAUCUUAAAAGUGUGGUGUACAUUUGUAUUCAGCCCAAUGUACUCUGACAACCCUCAUUACAAUACAGUGCAAUCAAUUGCCUUGAGAAGUCACCUAAUAUAUAAAAAGAUGUAUGUGUAAUUUACUCUCAGUGUUCUGUGAAGGCCUCAGUGGUUUGUUAGAGAACACUAGUAAACAACAGGAUCAUGAAACCAAGGAUCUCACCAGAGAGGUCAGGGAUAAAAUUGUGACGCCGUUUAAAGCAGGGUAAGAUUCUAAAAAAUAUCCCAAACAUCUAAAAAAAAAAAAGCAUGGCAUAACUGCAAACCUACCAAGUCAUGGCCGUCCACCUAAACUCACAGAGCGAGGAGAGCGCUGGGCAGAGGCGCAGCCAAGAGGCCCCAGGUCACUGUGUAGGAGCUACAGAAAUCCUCAGCUCAGGUGAAUCUGUCCACUUAACAGCUAAUGUACAGUACGAAUCCACAAAUUUAUCCUUUAUGGAAGAGCGGCCGGAAGAAAGUCAUAAGUCCGUUUGCAGUUUUCCACAAGCCAUGAAGGGGACACCGUGAACAUUUGGAAUAAGGUGCUUUGGUGAGAUGAGACCAAAGUUCAGUUUGUUUGGUCUAAAUACAGAGCGCCCUGUGUGGCGGAAAACGAACAGUGCUCAUCACGCUGACCACACCAUCACCACUGUGAAACAUGGCGGUAGCAACAUCAUGCUGUGGGGAUGCAGGGACAGGGAAGCUGCUCAGAGUUGAUGGGAAGAUGGAGCUAAAUACAGGGCAAUGCUGGGAAUAAAAAAAAAAAACUAAACUGUUGGAUGCUCCAAAAGACUUGAGACUGGGAAGGCGAUUAAUUUUCCAGCAAGACAAUGACCCUAAACAUAACGCCAGAGCUACAAUUGAAUGGUUUGGAGCAAUGAAUAUUUGUGUGUUAGAAUGGCUAGUCAAAGUCCAGACCUACAUUCCAUUGAGCAUCUGUGGCAAUACUUGCAUUGCUGUUCACAGACGCUCUCCAAUCCAAUUUUGCAAAGAAGAAUGCGCAAAAAGAAAAAAAAAAAAAAAAAACAGCAAAAGCUGGUGGAGCCAUACCCUAAAAGACUUGCAGCUAACCAAGUACAGUAUAGUUCCAUAGGUAUUGCGAUCACCUGCUUUAUUGUAUGACUCAAGGUUCGAUUCUCUUUUCCACCGCUGAGCUUCAGAAGUGGGUUGGCUUCAUAGGGACUCUUUGUGGAACAAAUUGUUUCAUGGCAAAGGAAUACGCCACCAACGUGGCAUAGUAAUAUCCAUCCAUUUUCU